CCAACGAUCCCCCGAGCGAGACCACGAUCGAUCAGCCAUCGAUUCGUCGACGAUCCCUCCUCAGAACAGCUGGUCGGAAGCCUCUGAACACCUAAGCAGCCUCAAACGCCAUCGUCAUGGGACCAGUAGCCGGUUUGCUGUUUGCAGGCCUGGUCUCCGCGGUCCUGGCCAAGCCGGGAAUCCUGUCCGCGCCCCUGAUCGCUACUCUGACCCCUGCAGCCCCUGUUGGACUCGACGGCCGGGUACUAGACACGCCGGAAGUGGCUGUUGCCAAGGCAGAACACGCGGCUGCUCAUCUGAACGAGAGAUUAAAACUGGCUGAUGAGGCUGUCAGGUCCUCUGGUGGUUUGCAGACAGUCGUCAAACAGCCUUCACUGGUGGUGGCUGCGCCUCGAGUACUGGUACCUGGCGCACCCCUCGGUCUUGAUGGCAGGGUCGUCGACACACCGGAAGUCGCAGUGGCAAAGGCCGCUCAUGCUGCUGCACAGGCAAACGAGAGGAUUAAUCUGGAUCACGAGGCAGCCAGGUCCGUCGCUGCGGAUCUCGCCAGACCGCUGGUACCUCUGGUGGCCAAUGGGAUAGUUUCAUCAGUGGUCCAAGCAGCGACAGUGGGUCCUGACGGUCGAUUGCAGGAUACCCCGGAAGUGGCUGCAGCGAAAGCAGCCCACGCUGCUGCUCAGAUCAACGAGAGGAUCAACCUGGCCAACGAGGCAGCCAGAUCAUCGGCGACGCUAGUGACUGCCACCCCAACAGUAACGGUUCCCUUGGUGGCUAGCAACGCCGUGGUGGUUCCUGGGGCACCCAUCGGUCCGGACGGUAGGGUGCAGGACACACCGGAAGUGGCUGUGGCGAAGGCCGCCCAUGCGACUGCCCACCUAAACGAGAAACUGACCCUGGCCACCGAGGCAGCCAAGUCUGCCGACGUUCUUACUGUCGCUGGCCCUGCACUCGCCUACGGACGUCUCGUCUAUUAACAACUGACCGUGAACCAAGAGAACACAGGACCAUUCGUGAAUAAUUAGCUGAUAAGUAGUUGCUCGUAACGAGAGAACAUGGGAACAUGGACGGGGAUGACUUCCGCUGUUCUCUGGGCAGAGCAACUUCUUUCUUCUUCUUAGGAUACAAUUGGCUGGCUUUGUCUUAUCGUUUGAUUAUAUCACACGGAAGCGUUAGGCUAUGGAAAUUGAAGCAAAUCACUCGUCUUGGCCGUUGCUUUUUAUUUUUCGUGAUCUUUUUAUGUUGACACUUU